AUGGUUCGCAUUCAUACCUUGGUUCUUAGUUUGACUUUGUCUGCCCUUGGGGCGACUACUCAGAAUGACCGCCGUGGAGUCGACGUCCUCGCCAGGGCCAGAAUUCCCAGCCAAGGCUCGGCGGUAAUGGGCUUACAUACGCGCAAGGAUGAGAAACCGAGCAGCGCUGCGAUCAAGAAGCUGGAAGAAGACAGAAGAGUCAUCUCGCCUGAGCUUGACCAGGCCUGGGAGAAAAUGAAAACUGCCAUUCAGGCCGCUGAGGAUGCUAUCUCUGAUCAGCACAAGGAAGCUGAAAAGCGGGCCAUGAAGGAGCUCGAAGCCGCCUUUUUGGCGUCUGAUAACUCGAUUCCCCAGGAAAUCAAACAGAAGCAGGACGAUGCUGUUAGGGAGUUCGAGGCUACUAGAGACGGUCUCCCCGAGGAGACGAAGUCCAAGCUCGAGGAGAACCGUCUAGCUCUUGAGGAGGCUCGGGAAAGGGAGUCCGCCUCGGAGUCUGAUGCCACCUCCCAGUCCGAUUCCGAACCCGACUCUACGUCUUCUGUUGCCCUCGGUUCUACCCCUUCUGUUACGCCGGAGUCCUAA